UGAUGAAAGGCGGAGUCACAUGACCGGCUUCCCCAGACGGCUGCACUUCCGGGUUCUCGGCAAGCCGCUGAACUGGGAAAGUUGGAGAUGUGCUGGCUGUGGGUGACCGUCUUACUGGCUGCUGUAGUAGCCCAGCUAGAGGCUGUCCGAGAGGAGUUUCGCUUUGCCUCCUAUUAUGGCGAUCACAUGGUUCUCCAGCAAGCUCCUGAAAGAGCUGUGCUGUGGGGAUAUGGGGUCGGCGGUUCAAAAGUCGUCGUUACUGUGUCAAACGGAAUAAGUAACCAAACGAACACUGCCUAUGUGAAAAAUGAUAUUUGGACGGUGACUCUUGAGCCCGUGAAGGCGGGGGGUCCUUACAAUUUGACCGCCACACAGAUCAGCAAUUCCUCCAUGGUUGUUAAACUGACGGACGUGCUUUUUGGCGACGUGUGGCUCUGCGGGGGCCAGAGCAACAUGGCAUUUACAGUCUCUCAGGUGAUCAACGCGAGCAAGGAGUUGGCCCAGGCUGUCAAAUACCCUCACAUUCGUAUUUUCUCAGCCGCACUGGUCAAAAGUGAGGUGGAGCUGUUAGACCUACCCAGAGUUGAGCUUCCAUGGGCUGUACCCACUCCAGAGCUGCUGGGCCAUGGAAACUUCACCUACUUCUCGGCAGUCUGCUGGCUCUUCGGCCGCGACCUGCACCAGAACCUGGGCUACCCCGUGGGGCUUGUGGAGUCCUGCUGGGGGGGGACGCCGGUGGAGGCCUGGUCGUCCACCAGGGCGCUAAAGAAGUGCAGCCUGGCAGGGACGAAGGACAGGAUGCCUUUAGUUGGGCAAGUGUGGAAUGACACUGUGUUGUGGAACUCCAUGAUCCACCCACUGCUCAACAUGACAAUAAAGGGAGCCAUCUGGUAUCAAGGUGAGGACAACACGGCCUAUCACCGGGACCAGUAUAACUGCAGCUUCCCCACCAUGAUCGAUGACUGGAGGAUGGCUUUUCACGAGGGGUCGGGGGGCCAGACAGCCCUAGACUUCCCGUUCGGAUUUGUACAGAUCUGCACUGACCUGAAGCAUUCUGUGAAGGAGGAUUUUCCAGAACUGCGCUGGCACCAGACGUCUGAUUACGGCUUUGCGCCCAAUCCCCGCAUGAAGCGGACCUUUAUGGCGGUCUCUCUGGACCUGCCUGAUGAGGAGUCACCUUGGGGCAGCAUCCAUCCACGCUACAAACAGGAUGUGGCCCUCAGGUUAGCACUCGGGGCCCGAGCCGUGGCCUACGGACAGCCAGGCGUGUCUUUCCAAGGACCCUUCCCGGAAAAGUGCAUCUUGUGCGGGUAUCAGCUGAACGUCACCUUCGAUAAGGCGAUAUUUUUCAAUAAGUCCGUGAAUCAAUCCCUGUUCGAAGUCUGCUUCUCUGAGGGCCAGGAGUCAUGCAAGCCGUCCACAAACUGGACGUCGGCCCCUGUCAUCGGCUGGGACCAGAACUCCAUCCUGCUAAAGGUGGAGGAACACGCCAGUUCUGUGGCAGCUCUCCGUUAUGCAUGGAGGGACUGGCCCUGCGAUCUGAAGAGCUGCCCGGUCUACAGCGCCGACAGAGUUCUGCCGGCUCCCCCCUUCAUUGUUAAUCGAUGGCCGCAGUGGGAAUGGGGGAGGAGCGGCUCCAUAAAGUGGCUGCUAACGUCUCCAGAUAACUAGUAAUGAUGUGGAGGAGGGUGAUUUUCAUCCAAAGAAUAUCACUUGUUUAUGAAGGACGACCAGCAGCCCAUCGCUGAGCUCACCGCGCAUCCCGAUGGUGACCUGCCAACCCCGCUGCCGUUUUCAUCUCUUCCUGAUCUCAGUAUCAAUGGGUCAAAGUUUUACAUUCAUGUCGCGAUGCUGUAGUGGACUUUUGGCGCCUGAUUCUUUGACACUUCAAGUGGUUUUGGAAUUCCUGAAGGAAAAUCAUCUCCUUGGGGAAAAUUUAAAAGUGAAAUUGCAUACUUUUUCCCGACAAAAACGGGAGGGCAGGGGCUUCAUCUUGAGCCAGAGGAGUCAGAAAUUUCUUCAGAAAUCUCAUUUUUAUCGUGAAUCUUUUCCAUGAUUCCUUUUCUUUAGCGUUACUUGGUAAAUAUGGUGUGUGAAAUGACACUUAAUGACACGAAACGUGUGGAGAAUGGCAACACACAGAGGUUUAAAGGAGGUAAAGGUGAAAUAUACUAUUUUCUCAAAGCUGUAAUUUAUCUGAUUUUUGGGGGGGAGGUGGAGCAACAGUGACCGUUGUUAUUCAGAGCUACGUAGUGGAUGACUGCUUUGGGAGGCAUCGGCAUAGCACUUAAGGUCAGAAUAGUUAGAUUAUUAUGAUGCAGCAGAUUAUGUCUUUCCACAGCAUAUUCUGUAAACCGAACCACUGCAGUAGAUGCAGUAAAUAUUUCGGUCUGUAGAUGGCAGUGCAGUCUUACUUAAGUGAAAAGAAGUCUUAGUGUAUUAAAAGGUAAUUAGGAUUAGGGUUGCUGUUUAGGAUAAAGCUAGAGUUUUGGGUUGGAUUCGCCUAAAGAGUUAGUUAGGGUUGCCAUUUGGUCACUGGUUUCACAAAUGCAACUAAUCAUUAUAGAUUGACGGAAUAGUUUAAACUGACUUUUAUAUAUUUUGGUUUCAGAAACUCAGAAUUCCUCAAAUUAAAGACCAACACCACAAAAUUUUUGCAUAGUUUAUUAACAUCCGACAUUACCUGAUUAACAGCAGCAGAAGGUACGGGGGGUAUGUUCUCAUUUGCUUUGUGUGAAAACCUCAAUGUAUGGUAAGGUUUUUGAUGGUAUAUACUGGGGUUUAAUUAAGUUUUCGAAAGCAGCAUCUGAUACUCGUCAAUCGGAAGCUAUGUACUGAAAGUACCCAAGAUAAGUAAGAAUCAAUAAUAAGAUGGCGAUAUUAAGAUCUUCAAGAUACUGAUUUUAAAGUAAGAAAUUCGGAAUUCAUAGCAUGGUACCUGCAGCUAUCUUAGAGAAUCGGCAAGUUCAUUUUUUCCAGGUAUGUUUCACUGGUGUCACCCCUCUCAGCGGCAGGGUUUCCUCCACCCAUUCACUGGGAGAUUCCAUCAUUCGUUUCCACAACUUUGACUCAUCGGCACUUGAGUCCAUCCAGUUCACCACACUCCCGUAGCUUUUACCUGAAUUGGCAGAGAGAGAUAUUUUUAUUCAACAGAGAUCUACCUGCGUACAACAUCGUUGCAGAGUACCAUACAACACUCUAGUUUCCUCUCUCAGUCCAAAGACAGGCAGCUGGGGAAUUAGGACUUGUACAGCGUGGUGAGUGAGCGUGCGCCCCGUAACGGACUGAGAUUCCGCUCGGAGUGCACUGCAUACUGGGUCCUUGUGACCCCAUCCAGGAUCAGCAAUUCUAAGAACAUGACACUGGUUAUGAUGGGAUGGCCAAACGUGUGAGGCCCAGUAGAUCUGGCCCUCGGUAUGCAGUAUGCUGCUAGUGAACCGGUGACUGGUGCCAGUUAGAAAAGCAUCGAGAUAUAGCGCCACCUUGAGGAAAACUUUGGAAAAACAACAUAAUGUAAUCUCCAAAGCUAUCCUCAGGAUAAAAGAUGUCCAGGCAGGUGAUUAUGUGAGGCAUUAGUAGCAAUGCCUAACGGAGCGCCGGUGAUUACCAGCACUCAAACCACGCAUCACGCAAAGCCGGAUAAGAAGGAUGACAUUGAUUUCAGUGAGACUGGUUAAACUAGGACUUUAGCUUAGAAUUUAGUCCAGUGAGAGAAGUAUUCGAGGUUAGGGUCACUCGCCUGAACCCAGGCUCAGUCUCAGGCCUCCCAGGAAGUGGUUAGAAAGUCGGUCAUGGUCCCAGACUGUGAGCUCAGCGCAGGCUUCUCGCAAGUCACCCUCCUGGAAGCCGUCGAUCACCAUGGUGUGGUUAAACGCGGGAUUCGCCGUCCUCUUCAAUACCCUGGUCUUCUGGCGGCUCCUUCUGCUAGUAUCUGGAAAUAUAAAACUACAGAAACCCAUAUCGCUCUGAGAGGCCGCAUCACUCACUUCUAUUCAGUAAGCUGAGGUUCCUUCAGGAACUCUGAGGUGCCAUUAAAACCGUAGAACAUUGAGUAUUUCCACUGUCUUCAUCACCAUGUUUGUAAAGAUGUCAAAAAGCAUUUUCAUAUAGGGCAGCACACUGGUAUAAACUGAAAUUAUUGUGUCAUAUUUUUAAUGGUGUGAAAGGGAAUUUAAUAUGAACGUCGUAAGGCUUGUCUACCAUUUAACAAAUGGGUCCACAGUCGAACCCCUGACGAUGGGUAGGUUCUUGCAUUCUUUCACCCAGAUGUGUACUUCACCACUGUUGGAUACUUGAAUAUCUAGCCAAGGAAGACAAGCAUCAUGCAUGGACACCUUGUGUCCUUCUUAGCCCUUAUCACAUUUAACGUAGACAUCCAUAGAUGGGAACAACAUACAAUUAUUUUACAAAAAUGGCUAUAUUAUUGAUUGUAGUACAGUUAGGGUAUUUCAUACAUAAUCUCCCUGACAUUUUAGGGUUAAUAAACUGCACAAAAUGGUGUUUGUGCUCUGUGAUCUGUACACUCACAGACCUGUAUCAAAGGCCAUGUGAUCAUUUUAAUGUAGUCAAAGUAGCUACUCAAAUCUCUUUACACAAAAUUUUGCAGAGCUGUCACUGGGUGAACAUGCGAGGAAGGUUGCGUACUGGAAGUGUGAGCAGACAUCGUGGAAUGUGUCUCUUGACUGUGAGCGAUCUCGGGCAGGAAGCGAACAGCCAAUGUCAUCUCUCCUCUGUAAUCCGAAGGCUGCAGUUUGGAAGUGAUCUGGAAAGGAAAGCGCAGGUUUUCUAGAAUGUUCAUUUCCCAGCAAACACAACAAUCUCACGUUUGUUUUCUUAAAUCCUAAUCUAAGAAAUGUCUCUGCAGAUCAGAUUCCGAGGCAAGUAUGAAUCAUUUAGGGCAAAAUGUACAUUAUGAAAUAAAAAUUAUCCUAAUCUGC